CGCGGCCGCGCGUGAGGGACGGGCGGAGCGGGCGAGCGGCGCUGAGGGGCGAUGUCGGCUCGGGGCGGAUUCGGCGACCCUCAGCUUCUAACCCGGCGCAUCCCCACGAAUCCCAAGUAUCAACAUAUAAAAACUCGUCUGGAUACUGGAAAUAGUUUGUCAAAAUACAUGGAAAAAUUGGAAGAGAUCAAAAGAAAUUACAGGUAUAAAAAGGAUGAGCUGUUUAAAAGGCUGAAGGUGACAACUUUUGCUCAGUUGGUGCUCCAGGUGGCCUCUCUGUCCAAUGAAACCUUGGAGGUGACAAAGGAGGAGCUGCACGAGCUGCCAGACUCUGCAGGUGACGACACAGAGGGGACAAAAAACGACAAAGGGAGCCCUGAGGGCACGGCCAGCCCUGUCCUGUUCCUCAACAACUCCGGAGCUGGAGAAUCCCAUCGCUCCACGCUGCAGAGCGUGAUCAGCGGGGUUGGGGAGCUGGACCUGGAGAAGGAUUCUCCGAAGGAAGAGGAGAGCCAGGCCAGGGAGACGCCGUACCCCGACUGUCCCUUCCUGCUGCUGGACGUGCGGGACCGCGACGCCUACGAGCAGUGUCACAUCGUGGGAGCUUAUUCCUACCCCAUCGCAACGUUGUCCAGAACCAUGAAUCCCUACACAAAUAAUAUUCUGGAAUACAAAAACGCCCACGGGAAAAUCAUCAUCGUCUACGACAACGAUGAGCGCUUGGCGAGCCAGGCGGCCACCACCAUGUGUGAGAGGGGCUUCGAGAACCUCUUCAUGUUAUCUGGGGGCCUCAAGGUCCUUGCCCAGAAGAUCCCGGAGGGGUUGAUCACCGGCACGCUCCCGGCCUCCUGCCAGGUGGCGGCUCCGGCGGGAACUGCCCGCAGGAGAGCCGUUCCCAGGGCGCCGCCGGCGCGCGCCGAGAACAGGUGGAGGUUUUCUGCAGAGGAUCUGCAGAAACUGAGGCGUUACCUGGCCGAGGAGCAGCUCCCUUCAGAUGCUGCCAGUCGCCUCACCCGCGGCUUUUCCAGCCACGAUUCCAAACUCUCAUCGACGAGGAGCAACCCCAGCCUCCCCAGCUCUGCUGGCACCGUGGGAUCCCUGAGCAGCCGCUCCCGCAGGACCAGCAUCCAGAACAGGCCCUGGAAAUAAACCAGAAUCCAGGUUUUGGGAAUGCUGAGCCCCUUUGUGGUUUGAGGGAUUGGCAGGGGGAAAAAAGCAGCCGUGGUGAGGAUUGGCAGCUCGGGUAAGGCUGGAAUGACGAUUCCUAGGAGCAGGAAUGGCAUCACCUGAGGGGCAGGGCAGGACAGAGGUGAUAGAACUGGUUUUGUAGGGGAAGGAGCAAAUUGGGACCAGUAGAAACUGUUCCACAAAGUUUUUA